CAACCUGUUAAUCUUGGCUGAGUUCCUUCACUGACCUCUGUCUGACCAUGCUGCUAACUAUGGAUCUGAAAACCAGCUUCAUCUUGUGGGUUUGUGUAUGCUCGACAGGAUUUGCCCAUAACUACGGUUCUGACUGUGUACAUGACAUUCCUCAUGAGAUAACGUUUGUCCAGAGUCGAGAAAACUGCACACUUAAUCACAUGACCUGGACGAGAUUAAAGAAGAUGCAGGAUUUGUUUUCCAACUACGGAUUGGAUGCCUAUAUCGUCACCACACAGGAUGCCCACCACCAACAGGGAGGGUCUCCCCACGACAGACGCUUGGAAGCCAUUUCAGGUUUUGAUGGAACAAUUGGUGCCGCUGUUAUAACGAGAAACAAAACAGUUAUCUGGACAGAUGGACGGAACGUAGAUGCCGCCAUGAGGAUGGACUGUGGCUGGCAAAUAUACAGAAAAGGAGCCAAGGGAAUCCCUUCACUUACAUCAUGGGUAAAAGCAGAACUACAGAAUAUCUCUCGACCUAUUAUUGGCGCGUGUCCCAGCCUAAUGGCGGCAGUCUGGUGGAAGAAUUUCAAACUGAGCUUUGCGAAAAACAACAUAACGAUGCUGGAAAUUGAAGACGAUCUGGUUGACCAAGUAUGGGAAGAUAACCGCCCCCCACAAAUCAAUGUCACAAUCAACGCUUUACCAUUGGAAUUCGCUGGUAGAAGCUGGCAGGAUAAGAUGACGGAUGUCCACCAUGAAAUGGCCAAAGCUGGCGUAGACAUUCUAGUUGUAUCAGACCUUGACGAGAAUCCAUGGUUGUUCAACAUGCGGGCCUUUGCCUUUGGUUUCGACCCAUUCUUCUAUUCCUUUGCUGUGAUAGAAAGAAGAACGCGAAUCACAAGAUUAUAUAUCAUCGAUCACAAAUCAAUGCUUUCUCGGAAACCCUCGGACCAUGAAGUUCACGUGACCCUAGAGCGCCACCUGGAUAUAGGGGAAGGACGGUGUUCGGUGAGAGUGACAGAACCUGGUUAUGUGGAAAGUCCUGAUUCAGCUGAAGAAUGUGUACAGAAUCCUGUAGUCAAGGUUGGAGAGUACAAUAUGAAGGACGUGGUUAGGGACAUCACGAGAGUUGCAUCAUUGCCACACACAAGAAAAGUUUGGUUAUCCCCAUACUGUAGCUACGCCAUCUACUCUGCUGUCCCCAGAGACAAGAUAUACCAAGAUAUCACGCCAAUAUCUGUUCUGAAAUCUACUAAAAACCCUGUCGAAAUCCAAGGCAUGGAGGACGCUAACUUACUGGAUUCUGUUGCCGCCAUCCGUUUUUUUGCUAGGUUAGAAAAAGAGGUGAAACAGGGGAAGAAUUGGACUGUAUACGACGCCUUCCAUGAGAUUCAUAACUACAGGAAACAAAUUCCUCAUUUCCGGGCCCCAGCGUUUAGAACACUAACCGGAAGUGGUCCAACUGCAGCGCCGAUAUAUAAUAUGCCGACACCCGAGGAUUCACAGCCAAUAACACGUGAACACAUGUUUAUGCAAGACUCAGGGGGGCAGUAUCUAAAUACAGGAACUACUGAUAUGACAAGAUCAUUCCACUUUGGAAAUCCUACGAAGGUCGAAAAGGAUAUAUAUACGCGUGUGUUAAUGGCUCACAUUAACUUGGCAGAACUGGUCUGGCCAGAAGGACGAACAGGACAUGAUAUCGAUGCCACCGCAAGAGAGCCACUUUGGGAGCUUGGUCUGGACUAUUCCCACGAGACAGGUCACGGGAUCGGUGCUUAUGGAGGUGUCAUAGAGGGGCCUGGACGGAUAUCCUCAACCUUCGCAGAUUUCAUCAGUGAUGUGCCGUUUUAUGCGUCUAUAUUUACUGAGGAUGAAAAUAUUAAUAAAUUCCCUGAUCCUACAGAAUAUCCACUGAGGAAAAACAUGUUUUUCACUGUUGAGCCUGGAUAUUACGAAAUGGAUAACAUUGGUGUUCGUAUGGAAAACGUGAUGUACAUAACACCAGCGCACGUCAACCAGCUCUCGUCACGAUGUAAAUUCCUCCGAUUUGAGACAAUAACACUGGUACCCUAUGAGUCUCACCUCAUUGACUACAACAUGCUGAGUCAUACACAUUUGGACUGGCUAAAUGAAUACAAUUCCCGAGUUCUACAGAAGACUGCACCUAUUUUGGAGCGCUUUGGUGAUACAGAUGCUCUUGCAUGGCUGAUGAAACGAGUUGAAAAUGUCACCAGAGAGCCAUUACAUUAGUACUGGUAUAAGGAUGGAACCACCUUCAUUCCUGUUGCUAUCCUUUUAAUAAUGACCUCAAUUCCCGUCAUGUAGAAUGCGAUAGUCACUUAGCUUGUAUUACAUUUGUUAUAUGAUUCUAUUGUUGAUCCUCCUUAGAUUAUUUUUAUACCUAUUGAUAUAUUUAUAAAAACUGAAACAUGAUCUGAGUUGAUUGUUAUUGUUGUUAAAAUUAUUGUUAUUUAUAAAUUGAUGGACAAUAAAAACAUUUGUUUUUAA